UUCUGUUGAGUCUCUUCACUGCCUGAGAGAGAGACAUGGAUGCUUUUGAGGGAAUCCACAGUGUCCAGAUUUCCUCUUCUCCACCAUCUUCAACAGCAGCCAACCCAGGAUAUGAAGUCCUCAGAACAGGGAGAUCUGGAAUAGCAGUAUAUUCCUCUACGGUGUUUUUCGGCAAACCUGAUGUCCUGAGACAGACAGCUGCCAGACACAAGUGCAGCAGGGAAACUAAGGAGGAGGGCUGUGUUGUUGGACGGUUGGUAGAUCUGGAUCCAGAACCAAAAUCCAGAGUGGAGGGAGGAGGCCAGGCAGGUCCCACUUCAGGCAGGGACCAUGGCAACCUCUCCAGGCUCCGUAGCUCCUCACUGGAGAUCAGAGAAAAAGAAAUCCGAGAAAAAGGCUCAGAGAUCCUCAGGGAACAACUGGACGCUGCAAAGAGGGAACUGAAACUGAAGGACAAGGAGUGUGAGCGUCUGUCGCAGGUUAGGAAUCAGCUGGAGCAGGAGCUGGAGGAGCUGACUGCCAGUCUGUUUGAAGAAGCUCACAAGAUGGUGCAUGAAGCUAACGUCAAACAAGCAGCAGCGGAGAAACAGCUGAAGGAGGCUCAGGGGAAGAUUGAUGUUCUGCAGGCGGAGGUAACAGCACUAAAGACUCUGGUGUUGACAUCAACACCUUCCUCACCAAACCGCCAGCUGCAUCCACAGCUGCAGUCGUCAGGAACCAGAGGAGCGUACAAACAUGUCGGGGGCCAUGUCCGCAACAAGAGCGCGAGCGGUGCCUUUCCAUCCUCACCUGGAAAACCAGAACCCUCCUCGGUUUCCAUUCAGCCUGCAGCUAAAGAAGACCGUGAGCCUGCUGUUCCUGCUCUCCUCUCUCUGAUUCUCUGCUUAGUUCCUGGCCAGUCUGUCAGUGCGACCAUUGACCGUUACUGGCAGGAGCGGGGGGAGGGGCUGGGCACUGACAGCAGACAGAUGGACUCCGUUCUGUAUGCAGAGUUUUUGAUGUGGAAGGAGAAUCCAAGUGUAGAGCGCUCCUCUGCCUUCCUGAGUCGCAUCUACAGAGAAGACAUCGGACCCUGUCUGUCCUUCAUGAGAUCUGAGCUGUCGCAGCUAGUGCAGAAUGCAGUGGAAAACAACUCUCUGACUAUCGAGCCUGUGGCUAUGUCAGCGUUACCGAUGGUUAAAGCCUCGGCUGUUGAGUGUGGCGGCCCAAAUGGCUUUAGGGCAGCAAUAGAGACAAAAUGUGCGUUAAGUGGCAUGUCGCGCCUCUGCCGACAUCGCAUUAAACUUGGUGACAAGGGGAGCUACUAUUACAUCUCUCCUUCCAGCCGAGCACGGAUCACAGCUGUUUGCAAUUUCUUUACUUAUAUCCGCUACAUCCAGCAGGGCCUGGUGAGACAAUCUGCGGAGCAGAUGUUCUGGGAGGUGAUGCGUCUCCGCAGAGAGAUGACUGUGGCCAAGUUAGGUUUCUACCUCACUGACCAGGGCUAGAAGACCUGACACUGAAACACCAGAUGGGACAGCGUGGUCCCAGGACUUUGAUUAUUCAAGGUUAGGGUUAAACUGUGGUAACAAACAAGUCUUGGAUCAGUUUUUUGUAGCAGAGGUUGUACAGCAUUAGUGCUGCAGCAGAGUUCGAUCAACAAGGGAAGCAGAAAAUGUUCAUGUGCCACUAUUAUGCAAUAAGACAGAGUUGAACCAGCACAACUAGAAAGAAGUAAAACAUAUUUUUUAAAGAUAGUGUUAUUUCCAGAAAAUAUAUUCUUCUGUUAUACUGCAGGCCUCCAGUAAUUCUCUCCAGUGGUGAGGAGAAUUGUUUCUGUUUCUGAACCUCCCCGGUGGAGUGCACACAACUUCUCAUGUUAAUACACAUAAAAAUAAUCAACACAUUAAGAUACAUUUACAGGACUUUAUGCAUCAUGUUCCAGGCAUUUGUUGAAAAGAUGAGCACAACUCAUAAUAGCAGUAUAGAGUGUAGUUGGUCUCUUACCUCAAGUAUUACAUACUUAUAUAACUAUGUAAUGUAAUAAUUCUACUGUGAGAUUGACCAUCCUGUGGAUUCCACAGAUCAAUUAUUCUUGCAUAAAUAUAAUGUUCACUUACUUUCAGUCGUCGGCUCAAAUGCCGCAGACUUUUUGUCUCAGCAUGGCCUUAAUUUUGUCUAUGCACCACCAGUUCUAGAUGCCUCAUAUAAACACACACAUGAAACUGCUUAAUGUCAGUGUGACCUGCACUUCAUAAUCAGAAAUAUUGUUAACGACUUAGUAACAACACCUCUGAGCUCAAAAUAGUGAGUUUCAUAGUAUAGUCAGAAAAUGACCAAGCUUUAAUACGAGUGGUUACAGUAUGCACAACUGUAGUUUUGCACGUUUGCAAUGACGAGUAUGUACAUACAGUAAAAGCCAUAAAUGACUUUGCAUGAAUGCAGUACAUAGCCAUAUUAUACAGUGUAUAUUGGUUGUACUUCAUAGUAUAGAUGUAUUAUUAUUAAUGGCAAUUUUUUUACAGAAAACGAUGUGUUGAAGGUAAAAAUGAAGAAUAUUGUGUCAGAAAGUGCAAUAACUGCUUCUUAGCCUUCUUUAGGGCUUUGAGGUUUGUAACCUCAGUGUACUGAUCAUUAAAUCGCUCCAUUCAAGACGAGGCAUUGUAGCCUCACUA